CCAUCCCACUCCAUCCCAAAAGCUUUGCAAGUGCCAACUUCAGACGUGAAUUGGAGAAGGCCAUAAACAAACAACCGGUUGAUUAAUUAACCAUCAUGGUGAAGACACAAGGUCUGUUGAUUGCCUUCGCAUGGCUUUUGGUUGCCGCAUUCAUUAUCAUGGCUGCGAAUCCCGUCGCCGCCGGUAGGCCAAACCCUGAAGUCGCCAGAUGGGGUAGCCGGGGGUGGGGUCGCCGGAGUGGAUGGGGUUACUGGGGCUACCACCACGGCAGCCACCACGGUUAUCAUCACGGUGACGACCACCACGGUCACCACCAUGGGCACCACCGUCGCAUGCUGUGAACGAAAGGAAUGGUGGGUUGGUACGAUGGAGAGGGAUGUGGGCAUCUAUCCUUAGCAAGAUGUUGGUACAGCUAGCUAUGGCUUGUACCUUACUAUAUGAUUAUAGUUUAAAUUUGCUUAAUUUCCAGUCCAGUUAAAUGAAAGCUUAUACAUUGUGUACUUUAUAAAAAGAAAAGGCACUUAUAGUACUAAUUGUCGCAGAUUACUGUGUAAUUCCUUUUGCAUUCUGAAUAUUAAACUACAU